CUGGACUCCACUGCGAUCUAUAGACUUUCUGCUGCCACACCUCUAGACCUCACACACUGUUUGGGGUCUGUUGUCGGUAUCAUGAUUUUUUUGAGUCCAACUUGUUGCUCUCACUUUCAUCUCAGAAGGCCAAGCUGCGGAACAGAUUCACCUUGAGCGCUGAAUAGCCAUGGCGUUUGUGAAGGUGCUGAAGAAUGCGGCGUACUUCAAACGCUUCCAGGUCGCAAGACGGCGGCGCAGGGAAGGCAAGACAGACUACCAUGCUCGCCGAAAGAUGGUUCGGCAAGACAAGAACAAAUUCAACAACCGCAAGUACCGACUAGUGGUUCGAUUCACCAACAAACGGUGCAUUUGCCAGUGUGUUUACGCAACUUUGCGUGGAGACAUCGUUGUCGCUGCGGCGUCUUCCCAAGAACUAUUACACUUUGGCAUUCCUGCUGGACACAAAAACUAUGCAGCUGCGUAUGCUACUGGUUUGCUUUUGGCCCGCAGAGUGUUAAACAGGUUCGGCCUCGAUGAAAAGUUCAAGGGGAAGGAAGAGAUCGAUGGCGAAGAAUACCACAUUGAAGAUGAAGAUACUGAGCAAAGGCCUUUCAAGUGCAUUCUUGAUGUUGGGAUCCGCCGCACUUGUGUGGGUCAUAGGAUGUGGGGUGCUUUGAAAGGAGCAGUUGAUGGUGGUUUGUAUGUGCCCCACAAGUUGAAGAACUUCCCUGGCUACAAGGCAGCCGACGAGAAGGGCGGUGAAUCUGAAUAUGAUGCAGAAGCUCACAAAGAGAAGAUCUUUGGCAGUCAUGUAAAGGAGUACAUGGAGAUGCUGCAAGAGGAAGACCCGACGAAGUAUGAAGCACACUUCUCCAAGUACAUUGAGGCUGGGAUUGAGCCUGACAAGAUGGAAGACAUGUAUACCGAGGCGCAUGAGAAAAUCCGUGACGAUCCAAAUGGCGAGAAGGCCGAAAAGAAAGAGAUCACCUAUGAGCGGGAUGGCGACACCAUGAAGGCCUCUGAUGGUACGGAGCAUGUGCGAUGCCAAAAAAUCACGCUGGAGCAGCGGAGGGAGAAGGUGUCUGCUAAAAUUGCAGCAGCGCAAGCGAAGAUGAUGGAGGAGUGAGAACAGAAGGACAAGACGUCCUGAAUGUGAAUGCCUGGAACUACGAGGAGGGACCUGCAGCAAGAGUCGAAAAGUCAGAGGACGCCUGGGUUCACGGUUGUUUUUUGUUGUUUUGUGUGGAGUCUUGGUCACUCCUGCUCAACGAGCACAAGAUCCGAAGCUUUGCAGCACUUUGACACCUAUGCCAAUUGAACUAUAGCGGGCAAACCCUGCAGUGUUUCUCGUGC